AUGUGCGGGAUCUUCGCCUACCUCAACUACUGUGCGCCGCGGGAUCGACGGUAUGUCCUCGAGGUCCUCCUCAACGGCCUCCGCCGCCUGGAGUACCGAGGCUACGACUCCUCCGGCAUAGCCCUCGACACGGACCUCCCGCCGCCUGGUUCCGCGGCGGCGUACGCGGGGGCGCCGCCACUUGUGUUCCGCCAGGAGGGAAAGAUCGAUAACCUCGUGCGAUCCGUCUACUCCGAGGUUGAUGAGAAGGGUGUGAACCUAGACGCCACAUUUCCCAUUCACGCUGGAAUUGCUCACACCAGGUGGGCUACGCACGGCGUGCCUGCCCCAAAGAACAGCCACCGCCAAUCCUCUGGGGCCGGUGAUGAGUUCUUGGUCGUCCACAAUGGAAUUAUCACAAACUAUGAGAUUCUGAAAGAGACACUGAUUCGACACGGGUUCACCUUUGAGUCUGAUACCGACACAGAAGUCAUCCCUAAGCAAGCAAAGUUUGUUUUUGACCAGGCUUGUGAUGGCGAAGGUGAUAUGACAUUUAGCCAAGUUGUUAUGGAAGUCAUGAGGCAGCUUGAAGGAGCCUAUGCACUUAUCUUUAAAAGUCCACACUAUCCCAAUGAGCUGAUUGCAUGCAAACGAGGCAGCACGCUGAUACUUGGUGUCAAUGAAGUAAGUGAUCAAAACAGCGCGAAGUCAUUUCAGAAUGUCAAAUCCCUGACAACAAAUGGAAACCCCAGGGAGUUCUUCUUCUCCAGUGAUUUAUGUGCUAUUGUAGAGCACACCAAGAAUUAUUUGGCUAUUGAAGACAAUGAAAUUAUUCAUAUUAAGGAUGGUAGUGUGUCUAUCCUUAAGUUUGACAAGGAAAAAGAGAAGCCAGCAUCUGUGCAACGAGCAUUGUCUGUUCUGGAGAUGGAAGUCGAGCAAAUAAAGAAAGGAAGCUAUGACCACUUCAUGCAAAAAGAAAUCCAUGAACAGCCACAUUCACUGACAACAACAAUGAGAGGUAGACUAAAGGAUAGUGGAGUUGUUUUAGGCGGACUAAAGGAACACCUCAAAACACUUAGACGCAGUAGAAGAGUAAUCUUUAUUGGCUGUGGUACUAGUUAUAACGCUGCCUUAGCUGCACGGCCUUUUGUAGAAGAACUUACCGGUAUUCCUGUGACAAUGGAGGUUGCAAGUGACUUGCUGGACAGACAAGGCCCCAUCUACAGAGAGGACACUGCAGUUUUUGUGAGCCAGUCAGGGGAGACAGCAGACACCCUCCUAGCUCUUGAGUAUGCACUAGAAAAGGGAGCACUUUGUGUUGGUGUUACAAAUACAGUGGGGAGCACACUGUCAAGAAAAACACAUUGUGGAAUUCAUAUCAAUGCUGGUUGCGAGAUUGGUGUUGCCAGCACCAAGGCUUAUACAAGUCAAAUAGUAGUCAUGGCGAUGAUAGCCUUGGCUAUUGGAUCUGAUCAGUUAUCCACUCAACCUAGAAGGGAGUCUAUAAUCACUGGUCUUUCAAGUCUUCCAAGUAUGAAAAAUUGGAUCAACGACCUACCAUGUAGUCAAACAAAGUGCCAUGUCAGUGAAGAUGCUGAAAUGAAGGAUCUCGCAUCUUCACUAAUCGACUCAGAGUCACUCCUUGUGUUUGGAAGAGGUUAUAACUAUGCCACUGCCUUAGAGGGUGCUCUCAAAGUGAAGGAGGUCGCACUGAUGCACAGCGAAGGCAUGCUUGCUGGCGAGAUGAAGCACGGGCCACUAGCACUGGUGGAUGAAAAUCUUCCCAUCAUCGUCAUCGCGACACGCGACUCGUGCUUCAGCAAGCAGAAGUCGGUGAUUCAGCAGCUCCUUUCUCGCAAGGGGCGUCUGAUCAUAAUGUGCUCCGAAGGUGACAUCUCCGCCGUUGGUCCUAGUGCAUCCUGCAGGGUAAUUCAAGUUCCAGAGGUCGCUGAUUGUCUACAGCCAGUGAUCAACAUAAUUCCGUUGCAGUUGCUCGCAUACCACCUUACUGUUCUCCGUGGAUUCGAUGUCGACCAGCCAAGGAAUCUGGCCAAGAGUGUGACUACACAGUAA